AUGACCGCGCUCGGCCAUCUGCCCGUUGAACUACUCCGCUACAUCAUCGCCGACUUCUGCGAUACGCCCUCAUGCUGCGCCCUCAGCGCGACAUGUCAAUGGCUGCAUUCCAUCUGCACCGAGGAGCUCUACCGCUCCAUAGACCUAAGCCGCCAUAACUCUUCGGAAACGGCCAAUUUCUUCGAAUAUGGCCCCCACCCCAUCCCCGCCUACAAUGUAAUGUAUCCCGAGACUCCCCUCGACCAAGCCAUCCGAAAACGCCAGCGAUCUCUCCUUGCAACCCUGCAGACCCGCCCAGGAUAUGGAGAACAUGUGCGACAUUUGGCAUGGAGCAUCAUUAUGGCGCCGCCGGGACGCAAAAAUGGCAACUACCAGCUGUAUGAAAAUAGCAUUGACUAUAGGAUUACUAUACGGCGUGACGACCCCAUCGACUUGCUAGUCGAAGACUCACCACUAUGGGCUGCUUUCUCAACAAUGACUAAGGUCAUCAUCAUCGAUGUUUUCUUCCUCAGGAUGUACCGCGAGUCCUGCCCCCCUCCCCCACUGUUCCCUUCGGCAACGUCAAUUCGGCUCGGCGGCCAAGUCUCGCGAUCAUUCGUGAGAGCAAUCCUUGGAGAAAGAGACGCGAGCGCGCUCCGCCACCUUGACUUCGAUGGCCUUUCGCAAUACGCCAACCCUCUCCCCGACCCACCCGACGGCCUCACCCACGCCCAGCUGAUGCAAUACUGCUUGGACCUGUAUCCGAUUCGGGAAAGCAUUGAGAGAAGCGCCGAAUACGCCGGAGAAAGGAAAAACACGCCUGCAGGACCGCUUAGUGGGCACAUGCAACCGUACCUCACCCGCCGCUGCACCAACUUAACCUCCCUCCGCAUCGGCACGUGGGCACCACAGAGGUCCGAGGAUCUGCGUCCCCACGAUGCAGCUCGCUACCGCGAAUAUGGCGCCUUUUUGGGCUCAAUCCGGCCCACGCUACGCUCCCUCUUCUUCGAGCAGAACGGGGACAACUGGGUGAACGAGCAGUUGGCGCUCCAGGCCCCCGAAGACAGCCUUCGGCCAGGCGAGCAGCUCUUCACGCGCUUCAUUCACCCCGUCCUGCUCGAAGCGGAGUGGCCUUGCCUCGAGCGGCUCGAGGUCCGCGGCGUCGGCGUGCGUGUCAAACUGUGGCCGGGUCAGUACACGCAGGAGCCGCCAUCGUUGCCCAAGAGCACCGAGUCGAUACGGUAUAAGUUGAGGUCGCUGCCCGGCCGCGAGCAGGGGUGGCGGGUCGAGGAGACGGAUCUGCGCAUUGGGAGGGAUUUUGGGAGGGAAUAUAGGCCGUUGAUGAAGCCGGAGGCCGAGAUCCUCUUUGAGGCGCCGUUGAAGGAGUACGAAGUGCUCGAGGGAAGCGGGAUUUGGAAGUUCAUUACGGAGUUGAACGCGGGGCGUGUUUACUAG